AUGGGCAUCACUAUCAGAAGGGCAACCAUUGAGGAUGUCCAGGCGAUGCAAAAUGCUAACUUGCUCAACUUGCCCGAGAACUACCAGUUGAAAUAUUACAUGUAUCACAUUUUGCUGUGGCCCCAGGCAAGUUUUGUAGCCACCACCUACGAUUUCGUCGAAACCGAAGACGACACAGAACUGGAUGUUGACCAACUAUCGGAAGAUGCCGAGGCGUUGAAAAUAGCCGACUUGGAACACUUGGAUCCCAAGGGUGACCCCGCAUACAUCAGAAAAGGCGAGAAGAUCGUGGGUUAUGUGUUGGGAAAGAUGGAAGACGACCCCGAGGCAGAGGACAAGACUCCACACGGACACAUCACAUCCUUGGCAGUGAUGAGAAGCUACAGAAGAAUGGGGCUUGCCGAAAAGUUGAUGAAGCAGGCAUUGUACGCCAUGUGCGAGUCAUUUAACGGCCAGUAUGUGUCGUUGCACGUAAGAAAGUCCAACCGAGCAGCGUUGCAUUUGUACCGAGACUCGCUAAGCUUCGAGACCACCAGUAUAGAGAAGCUGUACUACCAGGAUGGCGAGGAUGCCUACGCCAUGAAGAAAGUGCUUAAACUAGACGAAAUGCUUCCCUACCAUGGCCACACUGAGGUGGACGACUUGCUGCUGGACUUGAUAUAG